AUGGGGCUCCAGCUGGUCGGUCCGCCGCCGUCGCCAAUCCUGGGACGUUACGAGAAGCCUUGCAAUGUUAGGCAGAGUUUUAACAUACUCCUCGACGGCGUGGCGGACGGAGCCGGCGAGGCUGCACAACGACGCCCGAGGAGCUUCGACCACUUUUUCCACGACUUCUGCGUCAUGAUGAGUCCGAACGAGUUGGCAAAGAUCCCCGCACCGAAAACGUUCUAG